CGAUCGACCUCAAAGCAUGUUUGCCACUUCGAGUCUGCCCGACGACCACGACAGUCACUUGUCGCACGACGACGAGACCGCGUCGAGCUCGGGCGUCAGCAGCGUCGCCAGUCCCGAGCGGAAAGCGCGCCGCCGCCGCCGCGUGCUCACCAAGGAGCAGCUCGAGCUGAACCGGGCGCGGUCCCGCAAGUACUACGCCCGGAACCGCGACGUUGUCCUCGCCAAGCUCCGCGCACAGUACGUCGAGAACCGCGAGAAGGAGCGCGACCGCCAGCGCGACAAGUACCUUCGCAACAAAGCCCGCAAGCUCGAGAUGAAGAAGCUCGCCGAGUCGGCGUCGACCCCACUGAGCCUUGCCUACAUCCUCAACUAAAUUGCCGCGUCCUUAUCUAUUAUUUAAUACGACAAAUCCUCCCAACCACGUCAACAAAACCAAUAUU